UAACCAGCUCUAUUAGAAAAGCCUACGGUCAUAGCGACAAGAUUGCUCUCGGCUGUGAUUUUACCAUGGCUCCUGCAGGCUUUCCAUCCUUCCUUCCUCUCUGUGUGUUCCUGCUGCUGGCCUCUGGCUUUUCCCAGGCAGGCAGGCUGUUGGUGAUGCCCAUGGAUGGGAGCCACUGGUUCACCAUGCAGAUGGUUGUGGAGAAACUUAUUCACAAAGGCCAUGAGGUGGUGGUAGUCAUCCCAGAGGUGAGUUGGCAGCUUGGGAAAUCACUGAAUUGUACAGUGAAGACAUACUCGAUUUCCCACACUCUGGAGGAUCUGGACCAUGUGUUCAAGUAUUUUUCUUACACUCAAUGGAAAACUCCAGAAAAAAGUAUGCGUUCUUUAAUGACAGGCUCAGCCAAAGGUUUCUUUGAACUAAUAUUUUCACACUGCAGGAGUUUGUUUAACGACAAGAAGUUAGUGGAAUACUUGAAGCAGACUUCAUUUGAUGCUGUGUUUCUGGAUCCUUUCCAUGUGUGUGGAUUAACUGUUGCCAAAUAUUUGUCCCUCCCAUCAGUGAUCUUUGCAAGAUAUAUAUUUUGCCACUAUCUUGAAGAGGGUACCCAGUGCCCAAGUCUUCCUUCUUAUGUUCCUAGACUUUUCUCAGCAUUCACAGACACCAUGACUUUCAAGGAGAGAGUGUGGAACCAUCUCUCCUACUUUGAGGAACGUGCAUUUUGCUCCUAUUAUUUCAAAACUGUUGUAGAAAUUGCCUCUGAAGUUCUGCAGACCCCAGUGACUAUGACAGACCUCUACAGCCCAGUGUCCAUUUGGAUGUUACGCACUGACUUUGUGCUGGAAUUCCCCAGACCUGUGAUGCCCAAUGUUGUCUUUGUUGGUGGGAUCAACUGCCUCCAGGGGAAGCCACUUUCCAAGGAAUUUGAAGCCUAUGUCAACGCCUCUGGAGAGCAUGGCAUCGUGGUUUUCUCUUUGGGAUCGAUGGUCUCAGAGAUUCCGGAGAAGAAAGCCAUGGAAAUCGCUGAGGCUUUGGGCAGAAUUCCUCAGACAGUCCUGUGGCGCUACACCGGAACUAAACCAUCAAAUCUUGCAAAGAACACAAUUCUUGUCAAAUGGCUACCCCAAAAUGAUCUGCUUGGUCAUCCGAAGGCUCGGGCGUUCAUCACACACUCUGGUUCCCAUGGUAUUUAUGAAGGAAUAUGCAAUGGGGUUCCCAUGGUGAUGAUGCCCUUGUUUGGUGAUCAGAUGGACAACGCCAAACGCAUGGAAACUCGGGGAGCUGGGGUGACCCUGAAUGUCCUUGAAAUGACUGCUGAUGAUUUGGAAAAUGCCCUUAAAACUGUCAUCAAUAACAAGAGCUACAAGGAGAACAUCAUGCGCCUUUCCAGCCUUCACAAGGAUCGUCCUAUAGAGCCUCUGGACCUGGCUGUGUUCUGGGUGGAGUACGUGAUGAGGCACAAGGGGGCACCACACCUGCGCCCAGCUGCCCAUGACCUCACCUGGUAUCAGUACCACUCCUUGGAUGUGAUUGGCUUCCUCCUGGCCAUUGUGUUGACGGUGGUCUUCAUUGUCUUUAAAUGUUGUGCCUAUGGCUUCCGGAAAUGCUUUGGGGGAAAGAGGAAAGUGAAGAAGUCACACAAGUCCAAAACCCACUGAGAAGUGGUGGGAAGCAAAAGAGAAGUAUUAGUGCAUUAUCCAAUCAGUUGAAACUUGGAAACGAGUGUUUAUCCACGUUGUUUUUAUUAGGGAAAUAAUUCACCAUACAUCAUGUACCCAGAAGAUUUUUUUUUAAAUAAAAACAAUCUAACUGCUGGCCACACCCAUAAUGAAAGGUACUGGAAUGUGUGAUCUGCUUCUCCAGUACCUUCAGACUGGAUAACCCUUGCCGUCUGUUGGUAACUUACAGAAAGUUUGGCACUCUGCCUUCAGUGACAGCCCCUCAGUUUCCCCUGCCUCUGUCAGCUGAUGGUUUCCUUUCCUGUUCUCAGACUGUUGUGACCUUCCCCAGUGUUAGCCAUUCCUCACUGUGCUCAUGAAUUGUGGGUGGCACAGCCUUUGUAGCUUUGGGAGAAAAAGAUGAGGCUCUGACCCUGGUGACCCUGUGUUUGAGAUAAUAAUCAUUGCUGUGUCUGGAUUUGAUAAAAACUAAAGUAUGUUCUAAGGCAAGCACAUCUGUAGUGUUACCAAACCAAAAAUUUAUCAAUAAAUUCAUAUAAAUUGUAUUACUA